AAAAGAAGAGGUACUUACCUGUCUUAUCUGUCACAUCCGUCGUUGAAAGUUCCCAGAACGUCAGAGUAUCGCCAGAAACUAGCUAAAACUUAUGAUAGAGAAACGAAUGCGGUAUCUUGUAGCGACACUGUUGAACAUUUUGAGUCAGAGUUCCUGGACUACUCAUAUGCAUCUCAGGGGAUCGAAGAAUACUCUCUGGAAGACCGUAAUAAUGUUGAUUUGUUGAAAGAAGAUGGUCGGCCAGCUGAGGUAGAAAAUGACAGAGAAGGCCGCCCAACUAGAGACUCCAUCGCUGAUGAAAUGUUAAAGGGGCUCCUGAACAACACGGCAGUUGAGCAAGACAGCUGUGAUGAAAUUUCGCAAGUUUUUCCUGAAGAUCCAGCGCUUGAUACAACGUACGGAUCUAGCGAGUUUCAUGAGGAUUUGAACGAGCAAGAUAAUGACGUGGAUGAACUUUCGGAAGCGGAAGAUAGGAAUGAAAGCAGCACUCAAGAUGACUACGUGAAAAUUACUGAGCUAUCCUUAUCACAAGACACCCCUUUAUACGAGGGGUCCCCGUUACUUUUUCAGUUAGCUUGCUGCUGA